AUGCCACUUGAUGUAGAAACCUUAAUGAGAGACUGUUCUGAGGAAGUGCCACCGGACACUAUCGCAGCUGCUAUCCAGGCCAUUGAGGUACAGAAAGACACACCUGCCACAUGGACACUGUCAGCUGCAGCAAUGUCAGUCACAGCAGAAGUUGUGGAGAUAACGUUGUUGAUGGGUUGGGAUGACGAUGGUGAGAUAAUGAGGUUAGCAGAAUCUGCAGAAGACUCAGAUUUGUACCAUGAAUUCAAUGCAACACUAAAGUUUGAUUACUACAAUUCGAUGAUGAUCAACACCGCGGAUGAGGAUGGGAACUAUGUGGAUCUGGGUGGAGAAUUUCCCCUCGAGGAGAAUGAACAUUUUAAUAAACUGUCUGUCAACACUCAGAUGAGCAACAUCCAGAUUCCCACCAAUGUGUACAACAAAGAUCCUAACAUCCUCAAUGCCAUCUACAACACAGAGGCUUUAAACGACAUCUUCAUCGGUAACUUCCAGAAGGAUCCGACACUCACCUGGCAGUACUUUGGCAGCUCCACGGGUUUCUUCAGGAUCUACUACACAGACUACGUUCGCUACGUGGAGCCGUGUUUCAGAGGAACUCUGGUCCAGGCCGACUUGGACAACAGAGAGCACUUUAAGGUGUUGGUGGAGGAGCUGCAUGUCAAAGGUGAAGCAAAGCUCAAGAAUGCCAUGAAGGAGUCCUUCAAAAUCCUGAACGAGGUGCGAGUCUUCACCUACCUGAUUGGCAGAGAGAUGACCUUUGCUCAAAACACCAAGUGGAUCGCCUGCAACAACAAAGGUUAUUACACGCACAUCUCCACACUGGCAGAUGUGCAGGAGAACGUCAUGGAGUACCUGCACGUGCUCAGUCGGCCAAUGGUCAUCAACCAUGACCACGACAUCAUCUGGACAGAAGCCUACAUGGACACUGUGCUUUUUGCCACCAAGGCUCAGAGUCUGCUGCUCAUGACCUCAGUGGCCAUGCCGGUCUUCAGCAAGAAGAAGGAGACGCUGUCACAUGGCAUCCUGCUCGGCGUGGUCGGCUCCGACAUCCCGCUGGUGGAGGUGAUGAAGCUGGCACCCCGAUACAUGCUGGGAGCUCACGGCUACGCCUUCCUCAUCAACAACAACGGCUACAUCCUGUCUCACCCCGACCUUCGACCUCUGUACAAAGACGGAAAGAAACUGAAGCCGAAGCCAAACUACAACAGUGUGGAUCUGUCAGAGGUGGAGUGGGAGGACACAGACGAGCUGGUAAACACAAACAGAUUAUUUCAGGACACAAUUAUUGAUGGCAUAUUUUCAACUCCGUAA